AUGCAAUUCACCAUCGUCUCAGUCUUGGCUCUUGCCAGCUUGGCUCUUGCUCAAGACAGCGGAAUUCCAGCUUGUGCACAAUCUUGUAUCGACAAAGCAGUUAAAUCAGAGACCACCUGUGGAGCUACUGAUAAAGCUUGCCAAUGUCUACCUGACAACGUCUCGAGUAUUCAAACUGCUGCUACAAACUGUGUCAUCAGUUCCUGCGGUAUCACCGUCGCUUUGACCGUUCCAGCUGCCGCAGCUUCCGCAUGUUCUGCUCUUGCACCAACUUCUGCUAGCUCUGCUAGCGCUGCUCCAUCUUCUUCGGUUGUCGAACCCAGCAGCUCUGCUGCCGCUCCUUCAUCUUCUGCCGAGUCGUCAACUGUGGUCUCUUCCACCGCCGCCUCCACUCCCGUCUCUUCCCAAGUCUCGACUCCAGUAUCGUCUGUUGUCGCCACCACAAUUACUUCGGGCGUAGCUGCACCAACUGGUGGCUCUGGAUCCAACGCUACCGCUACCGGUCCAUCACCUACCUCAACGACUGUUCCAUUCACCGGCGCUGGAUCCCAAGUUAAAGCUAGCUUUGCAGGUGCUCUUGCUCUUGGUCUCGCCGCUGUCUUUGCCUUCUAA